AUGGAGGGGGAUGUUGUAGAGAUGGGGCAAACAGUUGAGAUUCUAAACGAGUCAUUCUCUAUAGGACUGAAUAGGCCUUCAGUGAUUGUGCUAAAGGAUGAGAGUGAAGGAAAGAUAAAGGAUCGGGCAGCAAGCGUGAUCUUUGAGAGGCCAAGUCUCACAAUGAAUAAACACAUCAAGCCUUUGUACAUCACGAGUUGUCUUGAUGGGAUGCCGAUCAAUCGUUUUUUGGUGGACAAUGGGUUAACAACCAAUCUCAUUCCUAGAUUUAUGAUGCAGAAGCUUGGGAAGACAGAUCAAGACCUAGUCUCAUGCACUUCAACCUUGACUGAUUUAACUGGAAAGGAGACAACUUGUCAUGGUAUUUUGAUCAUGAAUUUAACUGUGGGGUCCAAGACCUUAACAACACAUUUCUUUGUUGUUAAUUCACAUUCUUCCUUCAACGUUCUAUUGGGGAGAGAUUGGAUUCACUCAUAUUUAGCAGUUCUCUCAACCCUUCACUAA